CGAAAUACUACUACUUGUUCGGCGGUAACCCUAGCAUAGGAGAGAGAGAGAAAGAAAGCAAUUGAAGAAAAGUAUCGAAGAUGAGAGGAAGAAGCUACACUCCAUCGCCUCCACCACGUUACAGCAGAAGAGGAGGUGGAGGAGGAGGAGGAGGAGGACGCAGUCCAAGUCCCCGUCGCCGUUACGCCCCCCGUGAAAGUGAUCUACCUACCAGUCUUCUUGUUCGUAACCUUCGCCAUGACUGUAGGCCUGAAGAUCUUCGUAGACCCUUUGGUCAAUUUGGUCCUCUCAAAGACAUUUAUCUCCCCAAAGAUUAUUACACUGGACAACCCCGUGGGUUUGGUUUUAUCCAAUUUGUGGAUCCUGCUGAUGCUGCAGAUGCUAAAUAUCAUAUGGAUGGUCAAGUUCUUCUUGGUAGGGAGCUGACUGUUGUUUUUGCUGAGGAGAAUCGAAAGAAGCCUACUGAGAUGAGGGUCAGGGAGAGAAGUGGUCGGUAUUCUGAUCGAAGGAGGACUCCCCCACGUUAUUCUCGUUCACCCCGCUAUUCCAGGUCUCCACCUCGUCAUAGAACUCACUCCCGCAGCCGUGACUAUGAUUCCCCUCCUCCUAAACGAAGGGAAUAUUCAAGAUCUCUAUCACCUGAGGAUAGAAGGCACAGUAGAGAAAGAUCACACCACAGCAGGGAGAGGUCAUACUCACGCUCUCCACUCAAUAAUGGGGAUGCAAGAAGCCGUAGUCCGAGUCCAGAGAAAGGCCCAGUGCUGAGCAGAAGUCCAAGUCCAAACCGUGAAGGCAGGGAAUCAGCCCGCAGUAGGUCCCCCAGUCAGUGACAAUGGAAGGCGAAUCCUUAGACAAUUAGAUGCUUGGUUUUGUUUGAGUAUUCAGCAAAGACUUGCAUGUGUUGUUUCCUCCACUCUGAUACAAUGGAUUAGGAUUUUAAUUUGUUGUUUCAUAUAUAUCAGAGUUGUUUGUUGCUUGAAUUAGAAGUUGCAUUAGUGCUAUUGCUGGAUGUUGUUUUGAAAUUUGUCACAAUGUUUCAUCUAGUUUUAGUAGGAUAUAUAUUUAUAUUGGUAUGAGAUUUUCUGUA